AUGGCGACGAGAGCAGAACCGAAGGUCGGGGUGAAGGUUUUCGUGGACGAGGAGAAGAGCAGGGUGGUCUUCGCGGAGUCAGGCAGGGAGUUCGUCGACGUGCUCUUCGGCUUCCUCAUGCUGCCUCUCGGCACCGUCGUUCGCCUCCUCGGCAAGCAGUCCCAAGCCGGGUGCCUCGACGAGCUCUACAAGAGCGUGGAAGGACUCCCCACGCGCCUCUUCAGAACCGAGGCCUGCAAGACGAUGCUUCUCAGUCCCAUCAACGCUGCGGCGAAGCAGUGCUGUCAACUCAAGGUCAGAGUUGACGACACCAAGCACGGGGAGGUCUAUGUUUGCGCUGACACGAGCUGCUGCGCGCAUGCUGAAGGCGCCUUCAGCUCCGUCCGCGGCGCUGUCUGCAAAUGCGAAGACGUGAAGUUCAUUGUCACCGAUGAUUUCCAUGUGGCACCGGCCUCGACUUCUCUCAUGUUAUCCAUUUUGGAAAAGUUUGAAGUUCAGGAUCUCUCCAGUCUUGAGCAGAGGACUCUCCAGCUUACUUCAGACAAGAUGAUUAGCCUGCUCAAGAGAUCAUUAACGUCGAAGAACCCUUUAACUGGUCACUAUUUUGAUCUUGCCAUCGCGUCUGACGAUUCAGUCACAGAUAUGAUCCCUGAUAACUUGCAUCCUCAACAAGAAAGCGAUGCUGAGUACACACUAAACAAUGUUAAGAUUAAGGUUCUUCAGACUAUGGACAAUUCAUAUGUGUUGUAUGCUGAAGGUGGUGCCGAUUUUGUGGAUCUUCUCUUGGGAUUGCUAAGUGUUAGCAUACCACUGGGAUCCAUAGUGAAAAGGUAUGGAAAGUGCACAUCAAACGGAUGUGUCGACAAUCUUUACAGUAGCAUAUGUGGAUUUGCUGAAGAAUUCUUGAGGCCAGGAUGCCAGAUCUUUCUACUAUCCCCAAACCUUCCACCCUUCUUCGGUUGCGGCACUAGGAUGAUGCUUCAGGUUGAAGAACUAUCUCCACAUAAGCAAGAGAUCAAUGCCUGCAUCAAGUGCUUCAAGAUGGGCGGUUUCAGGGAUCUUGACCGCUGUCGCGAGGGGGUUUAUAUUAACAAUGGUUUUGAACUGAUAUAUAGGUACAGUAAUUGCCUCGCUGAUGUAAAGAAAUCAAGCCUUUAUGAGUGUGACCCAAAACUACCAAAGGGAGAACAAAGCAACACCGGAGAAGCAUAUGUCAAGCAGGGGCCUCAGAGCUUCAUGGUUAUGGAAAUACUGAAAGCUACCUUGGUGACUCGCAAAGCUCUCAGCACUGCGCUUCUACCUCCCAAGGAGCCCGCUCCCAAGAAUAUGAAGAAGCUGCAUCACCAGAUCUUUGAUAUAUAUUAG